AUGACAAGCCAUUACCGCAACCUUUCCCCUGGCCGAGCACGGCAUUCCAUGGUUGAUCCCAUGCGAGCGUCCACUGGAAUGGUACACUCGUCUUACGACCCCUAUGAAGCGACCCGGCACUACAAUUACGACGACUACCCCUCCGAUGCUGGCUACGCCAGUGCUUACGGGUAUCGCUCGAGUCGUCCGUCGAAACUGGAAGCCCAUCCUGUGUCUUCCCAUCGAGUCCAUGAUUCGCCUUCAUCCACCAAAAAAAGGACCGAAUACACUGUCUCGACUCCCAGACACAGAAGCAAUACUACUUCAGCAGCGGACCCCUACGAGACUCCAUUGCGACUGGCUGUGCCAUCGACAUCGCGCCAGCGUCUUUCGCCCGUGCUUCAAUCAAGUCAUGGCCAUACCUCGAGUCCUCUCGUUUCGGAAUCGGGCCACCACCUGGUCCCGGCUCCAUCUCUGCACCCUGGGCAUCGUCGAAUCUACAGCACUGAUUAUGCGAGCGAUACUGGUCAUCUGGGGCCGCGGGAUAAGAUAAACUACCGAAGCCACGAUGCCCACCGACCACAUGCACCACCCCAUCCACGACGCUACCCAGCGUACAAAGCAUUGAGGAAAGGCGACGAUAUCGAUGAUUUCGAUGCCUACUCAUACACUACACCUCGUGAGCAAUUUGAUCGGGAUUACCCAGUCAAGUCCCGAUCUCGUGGGUCGAGAUAUUCGCUCGAUCGGCCUCUCAGCAUCACUGGAGUGGAAGAUAACCCCCAGUGGCUGGCACGGAGGGACCGACCCCACGGUCCGCCUCCAACUUCCUGGGGCUUUGACAAAUUGAGCCGCGACCGACCGAGAGGUUCUAUGCGGACAAGAGAUGACCUUCGUGAUCCCCACAGAUCAAAAGAUGGGCUUCAUGACCAGGCCCUGGUUCCAGUGGCACACGACUCCGAGGAUGAAUAUCCAUCUCGGCAUAGUGACCAUCGCCGCCGUCGUCAUCACAGAUCACAUCGUGACAGUAGUCGGGACCCCCACUACCUUGAGGACCGCUAUGCAAAGCCACACGAUGGCGAGCGGGCAAUGGUCGGCCUUGGAACAGCAGCCCUGGGGGGUGGAUACUCUGACAUGUCAGACUAUGAGCCCCGUCCGUCAAGGCGCAGACAAAGGCACCACGAUGACCGUGACAAGCGCGACCACGGUGCAGUCCAGGCCCCAUCAUCUCGAGAGAUAGUACAAGCAUCUCCUGGCGCUGAAAGAAGCAAGCAGUCCUACCUGGACCCAGCCGAUGCUCAUCGUCACGGUCGAUCGCGGAGACAUUCUCGACGCCGUGCACACAGCGAUGAUGGCGAAACAUCUGACGAAGAUCUGCGAAAAUACAGACGUGAGCCUUCCGCUUCAGCACUCCGCAAACACAGCAGCGAAGACACCUCCGAGAGCGACCGGGACCGCUCCCUUCGGCACAGACGAGAUCACUCGCGCGGACACCGCUCCUCUCGUUCUCGUCCUCGCAUGCUAGAGGAUGGCCAUGCUAGUGAGACCCGACGGUCGCCACCAGUUGAGCACACCAAAGAUGACUCGAGAAGACCCGUCACAGUUGAUCCUCCCAUGGCGCCAAAAGAGCCCGAGGCUCCUCCCAAGGGAAUCCUCAAAGCCCCUCGUCCAGCAUUCCCAGAGGAACCCAACCCGGUCAGAGAAGGAGUUGCACCCCUCAAAGAUGCUCACAAACAGGGCAUCCCGCCCGGAGCUCGAUGGACUAAGAUCGACCGGCGGCUGGUAAACCCUGAGGCAUUGGAAGCAGGAAACGAACGAUUCGAGGAGCGCUCAGAUUAUGUGAUUGUACUGAGAGUCCUGGCAAAGGAAGAGAUUCAGGAAUAUGCUAUCAAGACACAAGAAAUCAGAGAAACCCGCCACAAGGAAUAUCUGCGCGACAAGCGUCAGCACAGAGAUGAAACUCAACGUCACGGCCGCCGAGGCGAAGACUCCUCGAGCGAUGACGAAGACGAGGGCGACGACGAGCCCCCGAAGAAGCUCGAAGCACCCCCGGCAUCAGACCCGCAGAAGCUGUCUCUACCCAUGCGCCCGCACGCUUCAAGCCACUCCCUGCCGGAGCCCGACAGGCCCGGUAUGAGUCCGUCCGUUGCGCCGGCGUAA